AUGGCGAACGGAGUAAACGAAAGAAGAAGAAAAAAAAAAAUGAUCCAACAAACAAAAAAUCAUCAAACUCCCUCAUUUCAUUUUCUCCACACACACACACACACACAGAGAUAUAUAACCAUGGUUAAAUCAAUUGCUGUAUUUGGAGGGAAUGGAUUUUUAGGACGUAAGUUAUGUGAAGUUGGUAUACGUCGAGGUUAUGAAGUUACAUCAUUUUCACGUCAUGGAGAACCACCAGAAUCAGUUAUACAUCAAACUUGGGUAAGUAAAGUAAAUUGGGAAUUUGGAGAUAUUUUUGAACCUAAAACAUAUAAUGAAAAAUUAAAUUCAUUUGAUACUAUAAUUCAUUCAAUUGGUAUAUUAUUUGAAAAUACAAAUUAUAAAAAAACCAUGAAUUCAAAUUUUAAUUUUUUAAGUGAUAUUCAACAAUUAUCAAAUUCAAUUUUAAACAGUGGUGGUAAAAAUCCAAUGCAAAAGGAAAAUAUUAAAAAUACUUAUGAUUCGAUUCAAAGAGAUUCUGCAGUUAUCUUAGCUGAUAAUUAUAUUAAAUUUAAAAAAGAAGAACCAAGGAAUUUUAUUUAUGUAUCAGCUGAUAAAAAUCCUCCAAUGGUACCUGAAGAAUAUCUAAUAACUAAAAGAGAAGCAGAAUUUGAAUUGAGUUGUAAAAAAGGACUUCGAAGUUUAUUUUUAAGACCUGGAAUAAUGUAUGAUGAAACUCAUGAAGGUGGAUUAACUACAAGAGAUGUUUUAUUAAGAGGGUUAAGAUUUGGUGUUGGUUUAAAAGAAUGUUUAAUUGGUAAUAAAUUUGCAAAUGAAUUAGUUAGACCUAUUGUUUCAACUGAACAAGUUGCUGAAACUAUGUUUGAUAAAUUAGAACAACCCGAAUUUAAAGGAGUCGUUACCGUUGAAGAAAUGAAAAAUAAAAAAUUAUAA